AUGCUUAAACCUGACCUCUGGACGUGCAUUACCGCCGUACAAGCGCCCCGACAUGUCUGGAAUCUUGGCGAAGUAGUUGUGGCAGUUGAAGCUAGGGAGAUCCUCACUCAUUCAUUGAGACAACCUAAGCUCUCUGAUAUGAUCUCAGAUUUUCUGAAAGGGAAGCCUAUGAUCACCAAGCAAACUCAGAAGAAUGCAAGACUUUUUCCUAGUACUGCUCAUACCUUGCACAGAGAUGAGUUCGCUCCAGACUUUGUGUUUGGUGCAUCAACCUCAGCUUACCAGGUUGAAGGUGCAGCGAAUGAGGAUGGCAGGAAGCCAAGCACAUGGGAUACCUUUGCUCAUUCUGGGAAUAAGUACGUAGGUGAUGGAGAUGUUGCGUGUGAUCAAUAUCACAGAUACAAGGAAGAUGUUCAGCUCAUGGUGGACAUGGGCUUAGAAGCCUACAGAUUUUCCAUAUCAUGGUCAAGGCUUAUUCCAGAUGGAAGAGGACUAGUGAAUCCCAAGGGAAUCCAGCCACAUGUUACGCUGCUCCAUUUUGACAUACCGCAAAUAUUGGAGGAUGAAUAUGAAGGAUGGCUUAGCCGAAGUGUUGUGCAAGACUUCACAGCAUAUGCGGAUGUGUGCUUUAGAGAAUUUGGUGACAGAGUGAAGCAUUGGACUACAGUGAAUGAGGCCAAUGCAUAUGCAAUUUUUGGGUAUGAUGUAGGAAUCUCACCACCUCAGCGGUGUUCUCCAUCGUCUUUAGUUAACUGCUCCAAAGGAAAUUCAUCAACUGAGCCAUAUUUGGCAGCCCAUCAUAUGUUGUUAGCACAUGCUUCAGCUGCUAGGCUCUAUAGGAAAAAAUACCAGGCCAUACAGCGUGGCGUUAUUGGGUUAAAUAUCAUUAGUUUUGGUUAUGUUCCAAAAACUAACUCUACUGAUGAUGUAAGGGCUGCUCAAAGGGCCCGAGACUUCAAUAUCGGGUGGUUUCUGGAUCCUAUUACAUUUGGAGAUUACCCUGAUAUAAUGAGAAAGAAUGCUGGGUCAAGGCUUCCUUACUUCACCAAAAAGGAAUCAAAUAUGAUCAGGAACUCAAUUGACUUCUUAGGACUAAACUUUUACUUCUCAUUUUAUGUUAAGAACAAUCCUGGCAACCUGCAAAAUGAGGAUAGAGAUUUCAUAGCAGAUAUAGCAAUGGAAUCUGAAAGAAUCCUUCGAGAGGAUACAGCACCAGAUGAGGUACCAAUUACUCCCGAUAUUUUCCUAGGGGUGCUAGACUCAAUAAAGAAAGCUUAUGGAAAUAUACCAAUAUACAUACAUGAAAAUGGCCAAAAAACACCUCACAAUUCAUCAUUAGAGGACUUGUCUAGGGUGAAGUUUUUGCAAGCAUACAUUGGAAGUUUGGUUGAUGCGCUAAGGAGUGGAUCAAACGUAAAAGGUUACUUUGUAUGGUCCUUCAUGGAUGCAUACGAGUUAGUGGGUGGAUAUGAACAAAGUUAUGGCCUAUACUACGUAGAUAUGAAUGAUCCAAACUUAAGGAGACAACCAAAGCUUUCUGCUGAAUGGUACUCAAAUUUUCUGAAGAGGAAGCCUUUGGACUCUAAGAUCACCAAGGAAAUUGCGAAGAAUGUGCUGUCACACGAUACCUUACUGCAUAAUACCACAUAA